AUUGAUUUGUGGUGAUUACAUGUAUAUAUAUACAAGAGGUCUCAAUCUUAAUUAUAGUAAAAGAGACAUAGUAAGAAGGCAAUACAGUUAUGGUAACAAAAUAAUACAAGAAUAUUAAAUAUAUAAAUAAUACUCCUUCGUACUAAAACUUUCUUCCCAGAGCACUAUUCCAACUUCACGAGAUUUAUUUGUGUUUUUUCAUGGUCUAUAUGAUAAAACAAAAUAUUCUUGUCACCACUUGUUUUGUUAAACUUUUGACGUAGUUUUUAAAUAUGUAUGUUUUAUUUUUUAUUUCUAUACCAAUAUUUAAAUAAAAUAGAUUAAACAUGCAGUACGGAGGGAGUAUAUUUAACAUGCUCCUGGCUAUGUCGGAUGUGGAAGCAGUCUGAUGCCCAAGCUAUUUUUGAAAUCAAGAAACAAAAGUGAAGGGAAAGACAAGAGUGUCAUGUUGGAGAGGUUGCUGCAGCUCAAGGAGGACUGGAGGAGGUUGCAUACUCAAGUGGUUUCCACUACGGCACUUGCUACGACCCUUUACACAGCCUCUGCACUGGAUCGAGAGGUAGUGGCCUGUCGUUUGGACGACCAGGAAGGAAACAAGAUUAUCCCCCAAAAACACACGAUAGCCUGAAGUGGAAUGCCCGAUAUCCGGGAAACUGGCCCGAUCGGCAUCAGAGUAAGCCUAUAGGUAGUCUGUGGCAGAAGGCGUCAAAUGGAUGCCAAGAGUAGUAGUGCCACUCAGGUAACGUAAGACACGCUUCAUGGCAGUGAGAUGGGCGUUGCGAGGUGCAUGAAAAUGAAGGCAGAGCUGCUGAACCACAUAGGUGAUGUCGAGGCGAGUGAAGGUAAUAUAUUGUAUGGCACCUACAAUGGACCUGAAGAGGGACAGAUCUGAGAGUACCGUGCCUGUGGAGGAGGACAAUUUUGCCUUUGCAUCAACCGACGUAGUGAUAGGGCGACAAGAGACCAUCCCAGCACGCUCAAGUAUGGCAUGUACGAACUGAGUCUGGUGAAGAAAGAGCCCUGUAGUGGUACGAUGAACAUUGAUGCUAAGAAAGAAGCUAAGUGCAAAUCCCCCAUGUCAGUCAUGGCAAAUUCGGUUUUGAGCAGGUGGAUGAGCUGAGCACACCCUGUCACUAGCUCAAAAGCACUCAAAAAGUAUAUUUAAAACUAUAACAUAAACAUUUUCAAAUAUCCUAAACAUUUUGUUCAUAUGUAGUUUCAUGGUGGGCCUUAGGUCCACCAUAGAUUUUUCUUAACAAUAACAACAACAAUAGCAAUAAAAAUAACAAUAAUAAUAGAAUUGUAGCAAAAUUAAGUUCCAUAAAACAUGAGCUAUCACAAGUAUUAGGUUCAUGAUAACAAUUUCAGUUUGCAACAAUUAUCACUUUUUUGUGGCAAUGAUUUUGUUUGGGACAAGCUUUUGUUGGGAAAAUAACCUCAAUUUUCUAGCGGAAGCAAUUAAUAAUUUUCCCGUCUUUGUGUUGUCAAAAUGGGCAAAAUAAUAUGACCGAUCAAGAAUAGCAAACACGACAACAAGCAAUCAAUCAAACGAUAAACGAACACCAAGAUUUAACGUGGAAACCCCAAAUCGGGGAGAAAACCACGAAGCCUUCCACUAAUCACCAAGAAAAAUCAGUGGAUACACCAAGAAUUCUUUCUAAAUCAAUUAGAGGUAUACACAAUCAUCAAGCAACAACUUGGAACACCAAACAACAAUAAUCUUCACUCAAAAGUGAGAAAUCCCCAAUAAAAACGCAGCAGUAAACAGAGGCAAUUUUACCGACAUCGAGAGAUCAAAACAACAAUCCCACCGUUGGAUAUGAAGAAGAGGAUCUCAGGAACAACAUACUAAAAUUUCAUCCCGAUCGGAGCUCGUUUGGUCGUCGAUCGGAGCACAAAACCAGG